GCCUAGAGGAUCUAGUCUAUUUCGUUUUCAUCUGAAUUUGAAGUUUGAUUUUUGGUAUUCAGGAGAAAGGCUCUUCAUAAACCCUUGGAUUUAUCACUUCUAGCCAUUAGAAUUCUAAUUUCUGAAUAUCUUUCAUAAGGAUGGAAAUUAUGGCGAGUGUUAGAACAAUGUUUAAAUCGAGUCGAGUUCUCGUAGGCUGUUGCCGCCGCUAUGCUGCCUCUACCUCUGGAGGUGACCAGGCCAGACUUCAGGGGCUGAAGGCUCUCCGGCUUCCGCAGAUGAAUAAGGGUACAGCAUUCACCUUGAGGGAGCGCCAGGCAUUGGGUAUCCAUGGCUUGCUACCACCUGUCAUCAGCUCUAUGGAGCUACAGGAAGAAAGGAUCCUACACAACCUCAAAGAUCACAGUCCUCUUGAUAAAUAUGUACAGCUUAUGGAUUUACAGGAUCGUAAUGAGAAGCUUUUCUACAGGGUCUUGUGUAAUCACAUCACAGAUAUGAUGCCCAUCGUGUAUACGCCCACUGUUGGGUUGGCAUGCCAACGGUAUGGCUACAUCUUCCGCCGACCGAGGGGGCUCUUCAUUACCAAGUACGAUAAGGGACAUGUCCGGGACAUCAUCGCAUCCUGGCCAGAGCAAAACGUGAAGGCUAUUGUCGUUACUGAUGGAGAGAGAAUCCUAGGCCUGGGUGAUCUAGGCUGUUAUGGUAUGGGUAUUCCUGUGGGUAAACUAGCUCUGUAUACAGCCAUUGCUGGUGUACAUCCUUCACAGUGUCUACCUGUCAUGAUCGAUGUCGGAACAGACCGCCAGUCACUACUUGACGAUCCACUCUACAUUGGUUUGAAGGACAAGCGGGAUCGAUCUGAAAACUAUGACCAACUUAUUGAUGAAUUCAUGGAGGCAGUGGUUGAAAGGUAUGGACAGAAUUGCUUGAUCCAGUUUGAAGACUUUGCCAACAACAAUGCGUUCAGGCUUCUUGAGAAAUACCGCAACAAGUACACUGUUUUCAAUGAUGAUAUACAGGGUACAGCAUCAGUGGCUGUUGCAGGGUUACUUGCUAGCUUGAGGAUCACCAAGACAAAGCUUAGUGAGAAUAAAUUCCUUUUCCAGGGUGCCGGUGAGGCCUCAUUAGGUAUAGCUGAUCUUAUAGUCAACGCCAUGCAGGAAGAAGGGCUCAGUGUAGAGAAUGCUAGACAGAGGAUCUGGCUUGUGGAUUCUAGAGGUCUGAUUGUCAAGGGUAGGCCUUCUGGCGGUAUCUCGGACCACAAAGCUCGCUACGCCCAUGAACACAAACACAUGACAGAUCUACCUGAAAUAGUCAACGCAGUCAAACCAACUGUACUUAUUGGUGCUGCUGCGAUCAGCGGCGUCUUCACACCUGAUAUCCUCAAGGCUAUGGCAUCCUUCAACAAGCGCCCCGUUAUCUUUGCUCUGAGCAACCCCACAAGCAAGGCUGAGUGCACUGCAGAACAAGCCUAUACACACACCAAUGGUCAGUGUGUGUUUGCCAGUGGAAGCCCCUUUGAUCCGUUCACUUUACCCAACGGGAAGACACUGGUACCAGGACAAGGCAACAAUGCUUAUGUCUUUCCCGGUGUAGCUCUUGGUAUCAUCGCCUUUGGGAUCAGGCAUGUCAGUGACUCGAUCUUCCUUGAGGCAGCAAAGUGCAUUGCCAAUUUAGUGACCGAAGCUCACCUCGGCGAGGGACGUGUCUACCCCCCUCUUGAAGAUGUGAGAGAAGUAUCCGUCCAGAUCGCGGUCCGUGUCGGUGAGUACGCUUACGGGACCGGUAUGGCGUCCAAGUACCCCCGGCCAGACAACAUGGAGGCGUACGUAAGGAAAUGCAUCUAUGACUACGAGUACGAGUCAUUCACGCCUGAUUACUACGACUGGCCCAACACCGAGUCCAAGUACUAGGUGAUAACCUCUG